AUGCGCGGCCGAGGGAAUGCGCGCAGCUCGCGGGCCCUGGCAGUGAGCUGGUGCCCGGCGACCUGGCUCCCGCGCCUGGAUAUGGGGCGUCUAAGUCGUCCCAGGAGCAGCAUCAGCCACAGAAACCUGCCGCCUCUGUUUCUGUUUGUCCUCUUCGUGGGACCCUUCAACUGCCUCGCGAGUUACAGCCGGGCCACGGAGCUUCUGUACAGCCUGAACGAGGGACUGCCCGCGGGGGUGCUCAUCGGCAGCCUGGCCGAGGACCUGCGGCUCGUACCCCGCGCCGCCGGGAGGCAGGACCAGUUGUCGCAGGUACCGGAGCGCCCCGUCGCGGAGCGGAACCCCCCUCUCUCCUUCAGCCUGGCCUCCCGGGGACUGAGUGGCCAGUACGUGACCCUGGACAACCGCUCCGGGGAGCUGCACACUUCUGCCCAGGAGAUCGACCGGGAGGCCCUGUGUCUUGAAGGAGGUGGAGGAGCCUGGGGCGGCAGCAUUUCCAUCUCCUCCUCCCCUUUCUCUGACUCUUGUCUUUUGCUUUUGGAUGUACUGGUCCUGCCUCAGGAAUACUUUAGGUUUGUGAAGGUGAAAAUCGCUAUCCGGGACAUCAAUGACAAUGCCCCGCAGUUCCCCGUUUCCCAAAUCUCGGUUUGGGUCCCAGAAAAUGCACCUAUAAACACCCGGCUGGCCAUAGAGCAUCCUGCCAUGGACCCAGAUAUAGGCACGAACGGGGUGCAGACCUACCGCUUACUGGACUACCAUCGCAUGUUCACCUUGGAUGUGGAGGAGAAUGAGAAUGGGGAGCGCACUCCCUACCUAAUUGUCAUGGGUCUGUUGGAUAGGGAGACCCAGGACCAGUACGUGAGCAUCAUCAUAGCGGAGGAUGGCGGGUCUCCACCCCUGUUGGGCAGCGCCACCCUCACCAUCGGCAUAACUGACAUUAAUGACAAUUGCCCUCUCUUCACGGACUCACAAAUCAAUGUCACUGUGUUUGGGAAUGCUACAGUGGGCACCCCGGUUGCAGCGGUCCAGGCCGUGGAUAGAGACUUAGGAACCAAUGCUCAGAUCACUUAUGCUUACAGCCAGAAAGUUCCACAAGCAUCCAAGGAUUUAUUCCAUCUGGACGAAACCACCGGAGUCAUUCAACUUUUCAGUAAGAUUGGGGGAAGUGUUCUGCAAACGCACAAGCUCACCAUCCUUGCUAACGGGCCAGGCUGCAUCCCUGCUGUGACCACAGCCCUGGUGACCAUUAUCAAAGUCAUCUUCAGGCCACCUGAAAUUGUUCCUCGUUAUAUAGCAAAUGAGGUAGAUGGUGUUGUUUACCUGAAAGAACUGGAGCCUAUUAACACUCCGAUUGCAUUCUUCACCAUAAGAGAUCCAGAAGGUAAAUACAAGGUGAACUGCUACCUGGACGGUGAAGGACCAUUUAGGUUAUCACCCUACAAACCGUACAAUAAUGAAUAUUUGCUGGAAACCACAAAACCGAUGGACUAUGAGCUACAGCAGUUCUAUGAAAUAGCUGUGGUAGCCUGGAACUCUGAGGGAUUUCAUGUCAAAAAAAUUAUUAAAGUGCAACUUUUAGAUGACAAUGACAAUGCUCCUAUUUUCCUGCAGCCCUUGCUGGAACUAACUAUUGAAGAAAACAACGCGCCCCAUGCCUUUUUGACUAAGCUGUACGCGACGGAUGCUGACAGUGAAGAGAGAGGCCAAGUUUCCUAUUUCCUGGGACCUGAUGCCCCCUCAUAUUUUUCCUUAGACAGUGUCACAGGAAUUCUGACAGUUUCCACUCAGCUGGACCGAGAAGAGAAAGAAAAGUACAGGUACACAGUCAGAGCUGUUGACUCUGGAAAGCCACCCAGAGAAUCAGUUGCCACUGUGGUUCUCACUGUGCUGGAUAAAAAUGACAACAGCCCUAGGUUUAUCAACAAGGACUUCAGCUUUUUUGUGCCAGAAAACUUUCCAGGAUAUGGUGAAAUUGGGGUAAUUAGUGUCACAGAUGCCGAUGCUGGACGAAAUGGAUGGGUUGCCCUCUCGGUGGUGAACCAAAGUGAUAUUUUUGUCAUAGACACAGGGAAGGGCAUGUUGAGAGCUAAAGUCUCUUUGGACAGAGAGCAGCAAAGCUCCUAUACGUUGUGGGUCGAAGCUGUUGAUGGGGGUGAGCCGGCCCUCUCUUCGACUGCAAAAAUCACAAUUCUCCUUCUAGAUAUCAAUGACAAUCCUCCUCUGGUUCUAUUUCCUCAGUCCAACAUGUCCUACCUGUUGGUACUGCCUUCUACUCUCCCCGGCUCCCCAGUUACAGAGGUCUACGCCGUUGACAAAGACACAGGCAUGAAUGCUGUCAUAGCUUACAGCAUCAUAGGAAGAAGGGGUCCUAGGCCUGAGUCCUUUAGGAUUGACCCUAAAACCGGCAACAUUACUUUGGAAGAGGCAUUGCUGCAGACAGACUAUGGACUCCAUCGUUUACUGGUGAAAGUGAGUGACCAUGGUUAUCCCGAACCUCUCCAUUCCACAGUCAUGGUGAACCUGUUUGUCAAUGACACUGUCAGUAACGAGAGCUACAUUGAGAGUCUUUUAAGAAAGGAACCAGAGAUUAAUAUAGAGGAGAAAGAACCACAGAUCUCAAUAGAACCAACUCAUAGGAAAGUCGAGGCUGUGUCCUGUGUGCCCACCCUAGUGGCUCUGUCUGUAAUAAGCUUGGGUUCUAUCACACUUGUAACAGGGAUGGGCAUAUACAUCUGUUUAAGGAGAGGGAAAAACCAUCACAGGGAAGACGAAAAUUUGGAAGUACAAAUUCCACUCAAAGGAAAAAUUGACUUGCAUAUGAGAGAGAGGAAACCAAUGGCUAUUUCUAAUAUUUGA